CUUUAUCUUCUUGGAAGCAUUUGGAAGUAUUUUCAUCAGAACCGUCGUUAAGGAAUUUAGGCCACAAAUGGGAAACACUCAAGUAGAAGUGGAACUGCAGUUCAACGAUUCGGUAUCGACAGAUCAAAUCCCAGGAGAUGAUGUGGUGGUAGACACGUUGGUACAGGCUGUGACUAGUCCCAACAACACUUUCAACCUAACUAUUGAUCCAGACUCAAUAGCAGUCAUUACCAAAAAGCCAACAACAACCACAGACGGCCCAAUGACAAUCCACAAGCCCACAACUCAAGGACCAAAAACCACCCAGAUUCAAACAACCACCCAACUACUAACAACUCAUAGAAUCAUUAGCCAGGGUCCAAUAAGCCAUGGACCAUCAACCUCCCAGGUUCCCACAUCUACUGAACUAAAUACUACCCAGGUUCACACAACACAUGGACCUACAAACACCCACGUUCCGAGAACCAAUGGACCAAAAUCCACAAAGGUUGCCAUAACCAAUGGACCAACAACCACAAUGGUUGCCAUAACCGAUGGACCAACUAGUACCCAAGUAUUCGAAACUCAUGGACCAACAACUUCAGUCACCUCAGUCCUUUCACCAGUUGUGUUUCUCCAAGCAACUGUGGAGGAACCUUUUGUGGAAGAAUUUAAUGAUCCCAGCAGUGAACAAUACCAAACUCUUCAAACACAAGUGGUAUCAAUGGUGAGCAUUUUUUUCGAUUAUUGCGAAGCUUUUUGCUAAAUUGCUCAUAACUGUAAUUCUUCUUCCAG